AUGUCCUUCAAACUCGAGGCCGGCCCCGGCACGGAUGUCUGGAAGAAGCACCCGUCCUGGGACGUCUAUAAUGUCCCCACGCACGCCCUCCCCAAAAAGCCGCUGACGUCCUUCCGCUCGGCGCGCCUGACGUUCAGCGCCAAGUGGACUGAGCAAUACGACCAGGCCGGCAUCCUCUUCACGCUCGAGCCGCGGAACGCCUCGGACGAGAAACAGAGGAGAUGGGUCAAGACGGGCCUCGAGUACUACAACGGCACCCCGCAGCUGAGCACCGUCGCCUGCGAUCGUUACGCCGACUGGAGUAUCACGCCACUGUCUGCCGUUGGACCCACAGACGGCCCCCUGGAUUUCGUCGUCGAGCGGAACGAGAGCGAGCACGGCACGAGCAUCUGGAUCUACUACGCACCGCCGGGAGGCAAGGAGCGCGUGGCUCUGCGCGAGGUCGGCUGGUUCUUUGCUGACGGCGCCGACUGGGACCUCGAGGUUGCCGCUUUCGCUGCGCGGCCGGCCGAGAAGACGGACGGCAAGCUGGAGGUGGAGUUUUCCGGGUUUGAGGCCAAGUGGGAAUAG